UCAAUAACAAGAGGCGGGAAAAUUGCUAAAUAAAGACUAUAAUGCCUGUAAGCUGUAACAGCGUAGCAUAAGGACACGCAGCAACAACACAGCAUGGGAAGCCUGAAUGCGGAAACUGAGAAAGGAAAUGAGAGCCGAUAUAGGCUCGUAUGAAUAAUUUAAAACUUCUUUUCUUGUGCCUUUUUUAAAAUAAAUAUUUUCCUAGCAAUAAUUACAUGAGUUUAUUGUGACAGACGACAGAAAAUGUUUUUAAUGAAAAUUCGUUUUAUUUUUCGAUUGAUAAUUGUGCUCUGUGUGGCCAGUACCGUUUGCUAUAUCUGGCUUACAGUAAAGCCGGCUUCGCUGGAGAAAACAAUACCGGAUCAAAUUUCCUAUACUGAAAGCAGAGUCGAGCAAUUUUCAUCGGAUUUUACAAUGGAGGGAAAUGAUAACAGAACUCUGAUUCUCUAUUGGGGUUUGCCAUGGGGAGACAAGUCGUCUGGUCCACCCGAAGGAUCGCCAAUGGGUGAUUGUAUUCAGACGUACGAUCGAAACAAAAUCACUCAAGCAAAAGCUGUUGUCUUUCACUAUACCGUGAUCGCUAAAAACGAAAUCCCGUGGAGGCAUUAUAGAGAUCCCAACCAACUGUACGUCUGGUGGUCGGCAGAGGGCCCAGGUAUUCUUCAAAUGGAAGGACGUGACCUACGCGAGUUUGAUGGCGGUUUCUUUAACUGGACGUGGACGUACAGACAAAACGCUGACGUUUUUCGAGGUUACGGCUACAGAGGAUAUAUCUUGGACUUUGUCGCAAAAGGAAAACACGUCGUUGACGAAAUACUGCAGCACAAAACGAAAACCGUGUUUUGGGCCGUCAGCAAAUGCGAAGGCAUGCCGGGUGCCGUGGCUCGCAUGAAAUACUUCAAGGAAAUCGUUGCGAGUGGAAUCGUAAACAUUACAACACAAGGACGGUGUUUUCCUGGAACUGAAUCGAUUCCAAAAUCUUUCCCAAUGAUUUAUCCGCCUUCAAUCAAAGAACAUAAGUUUUAUUUUGCUUUCGAGAACGCCAUACAUUGUCGCGAUUAUAUCACGGAAAAGUUUUGGGACAACGCUCUAAGAAACGAUAUGGUUCCAGUGGUUUGGGGUCCGACAAAAGAAGACGUGUUGUCGGUUGCUCCGCUCGAUUCCUUCAUUCACACCGACGACUUCGAUAGCCCAGCGAAGCUCGCUGAGUAUUUGCAAUUCCUCGAUAAAAACGACGAUGAGUACAGAAAAUACUUUCGCUGGAGAGAGGACGAGACAAUGACAGAUGAAAAGAUGAUCCGAAUGACGCAGGAACGAUACCCGGACUUGGAUAUUCAGCGUCCUCCGAAAAGUCUAUGCGAAAAAUUGACUUCUAACAAAGAAACUAAAAUCAUUUCAUCUUUAACUGAAACAUUUAUGAACUCAGACCGUGAAGGGUGCCUCGCUUAAUACAAACUUUCAUCAGUUAAAAAUUAAUGCUUUUACUAAACUUCUGCUCAUAACAAAUCUGUUUUACAUUAAAAGGUUGCAUGGUUGCAUAUUAGUAAGGUGGGGAAGAUGGGACACCUUUUCGUUUCCCCAUGGUAGUAAACAACGAACAUUCCAAGAACUAUUAAACCGUGUUUGGAUAUUAUGUGCUAAAGGUGUCCCAUCUUCCUCAACAGUACCAUACUAUAUAUACGACACAUAGCGUAUAUGAGGUCUAUAACGCCGCUUUGCCAAUAGAUAUUUGCGGCUUUUAUGAUUAUCAUUUUUAUUGAGUUUUUUUUGCCGUGUUAAGGUGGCUGUAUACACAGUAUCCGGAACUCGUCCGUUUAUUUGUCUGUUUUGUCCGGAUUUCGCUGCCGCGUGCGGAACUCGGUAAUGGGUAAAACGACUUCGCAGGCGAAUUCGCAUGCCGGACACAGUAUACAGCCACCUUUAGCGUUUUUUGCGCCCGUACUUAAUUAUAUAUGUUGUUAUAUUAGCACUUCUGUGGUGCAUUUUUUGAACUUAUUUUACCUUUUAAAUCGCGGCCAAACUUCUCCAAGUUGUAGUUUUAUAUAUGAAUAUGCAUAUUUUAACAUUUUGUCUUAUAUUAUAGUUUUAAUGUAUUCGGUAUAUGUGGUGUAGCCGGCUGUGUAUGCGACUUCCCAACAAUUACCUUUUAUGGCAUACCACUAUCUGUGAACACUGUUUAAUUUCUAUCGUUUAAGAUGCCUCUCUGUUUGCACAACUCAAACCUAUGUAUACCGUAACAAGUAAAAUACGCAAUACACCCGGUUUACAAAUAUAAGAAAAUCUAUACAACCA